AUGGACGAACAGAACUCAUCAUCCAACACGAGGAAGAAAGGAGUGGCCCUCGCAGGCCUAGGCGACCUACGCAUAUAUCUCAUUAGGGAGACACAUAGGAGGUCUUUGGAUAACUCGGAGGUAUAUAGUCAGAUUGUGGAAGACCCGGCGCGGCAGGGCCUGCCAGCAUGGAAGGUAGAAGGUCUACAAAAGGGCUUAGUCACCACGGGUCUGAAAGAGAUCUUGGAUGCAUUGAACGAAAGACCCCUGUAUAAAAAGACCAUAUCUGCUGCACCAUUUGUAUCUGCGCUAGAAGCUGCCUUUAAGCAGAGGAUUAGCCGGCAACAACAGGACGCGCAAGAGUUUCUCCAAGUAGUCGCCGAAAGGUUAAGCGAUGAGUACCAUGCAGGUCACAGGGCAAGGAACCACGCAAGGAAGUUAGGGGCUACCACUGCUGCAUCCGCAGAGUUACACACUUUAGAUGAAAGAGUUGUGAACGAAAAGUUGGCCCAGCUUAGUCUGGGUAAUAGCGCGACAUCUGGCACAGAUUCUUCUGCGGCGAAAGCGCCAUCUGCUUCUUCUCAUGACUCAGAAAAGGCAAGCUCAACAUCCUCUAGGUCGCCCCAACAAGGUGGAGAACCUAGUAACGACUUUGAUAACGAGGAUGGGUUCCCAUUUGAAGGUGGUUCUGAAUCACAAAUCGAAUGCUUAACCUGUGGUUUUAAACCAAAGCCUACUCAGACAACCUUCUGUUCUUUGACGUUAUCAGUUCCUCAGGUUACAUCUACCACUUUAAAUGCAUGCUUUGACGGAAUGUUUAAAACAGAAUAUAUUGAGGACUUUAAGUGCGAGAAGUGUAGAUUAGUACAUGCCCUGGAAACCUUUGAACAAGAAUAUUCUUGCUCGAAUUCAGAGAAAUUCAAGGAAAAGACCCAAAAGUCGAUAGACAAGCUGAAGGCUGCUAUAGAAACAAAUCCCGAAGAGGAGCUUCUCGAUGUUGAACUGCCAGAUUCGAAAUUCGCGCCCAAGCGAAAAAUCGCUAAACAUGUCCGUAUUACCAAAUUUCCAAAGGUUAUGGCAAUUCAUCUCUCAAGGUCAAUUUUUGAGUCUAGGACAACCAUGAAGAAUUCCGCGAAGGUAGCAUUUCCUGAACAAUUACCCCUUGGAGGCUUAUUGGAACGACGGAAGUACAAGCUUCUUAGUCUAGUAUGCCACAAGGGAAGUCACCAUAGUGGACACUAUGAAUCUUUCCGGAGGCAAAACCUUGUUGCUCCAUUUUCAACCCCAAAUACCUUUCAGCCAUCAGUCGCGUAUGCCAAAUCUUUAACUUCUAGCCCUUCAGUACUUUCGACACCUCGAACAAAUGCUAUUCCAGGGGAUGAUGGUGAUAAUACCACACUCUCAUCGACCCCUGAAUUAUUAUCCCCAACGACAGCAUCUACCACAUCUCUGCCAGUCAUCAAUGGGCGCAACUCGGUAGACUCUUCACUGAAUAACAAACGCCUCUCUAGCAUAAAUCCAACGUCGGCUAGUUCUGUUGCAUCGUCGUCCAAAACUGCAGGUCCUACAUCCGCCCCGCGUGACUCUGACACCGGCAGCAUCCGGUCCCUAGGACGUUCGGCUCGGAAAACUCUAUCGAAAGUAUCCAGUACAAUCAGUCGAUCGUCUCCCACUUCAUCAUCCCCAAAGUCAUAUCCAUCCAACCAAGAGAGGAGCCGGACGUUUGGAACGGAAACAGUUCGUGCUAAGCGAAAGAAGAAGGCAGUUGAAAGGUGGUGGAGAAUUAGCGACGAAAAGAUAAAAGAGAGUAAGACUAGUGAAGUUCUGGACAUGCAGAAAGAGGUUUAUAUGUUGUUUUACGAGCUGGAGAGGGGAGAGGAAGAUUCAUAA